CGCGCGUGUGGGGGGGGCGUGCAGGAGGACGGGAGCCGCUGAUGUCAGUCCUCAUUAGCAUAUCCAGGGCUAUAUGAGCAGCCUGCGCACAGCCCGCGCCACCACUGCUGCGACGCACGGACCACCGGAGACUCCAGCCUGCUAGCCAGCACAUCGACUCGAACCAGACACCAUGGCCGACAAGCCCGACAUCUCCGAGGUCAACACGUUCGACAAGACCAAGCUGAAGAAGACGGAGACGCAGGAGAAGAACCCGCUGCCCACCAAAGAGACCAUCGAACAGGAGAAGGCGGCCACAUCGUGAAGCCCCCCCCACCUUCCUCCUCUCCCACCAUGCACUGUACACCCCCCCCUCCUCCUCCUCCUCCUCCUGCAUUGCCUUGUUUUCACUCACUUCUUCUAGCUGUAUAACUCUGUAACCCAAACAUGAAGCCGCCGCCACCACCACCACACCCGGCAGCGGACGGAUGACGCCUGCGUGGGGGUGAUUGGGGGUGGGGGGCCCCUCCUUGUGUUCCCACCACCACCCCUACUCCGGAGGGUCCUGAAGGUGCACAUCCACGUCCGAGGGGGCGCGACCCGUCAACACCUCACCUCUCCGUGUGGCGAGAUGUCCAGCUUCUCCGUGUUUGUUGUUUUGUUGUUUUUUUUUUCUAAUUUUUUUGGGAAAAAUGCACAACUUCGUUUGUACGCUGGCCAAAAUGUAAACACCCCGCCCUCCAGCCCCCCCCCCUUCCAGAAAAACAAAUUGAUUCUGUCGUCUGUCAAUUUUUUUUGUUGAUUGUACACAAGGACGAAGACGGAUUCCACCUGGAUCUGGGAGAAAUUAAUGGACCUUAAACACGCUUCAUCGGCACUGUGGGUCUCUGAGCUUGGGUUGGGGGGGGGGGAGUCGGUGUCUAGAUCACAGUUCUUUGGAGUUUUUUUUGUAAAUUCCCAGCAGUCGUGUUAUUCUGCCACAAAUCCAUCACCACAAAUGGAAA